UUAUUAUCUAGGCGAUAUUGUAAACAUCUAAUUUGCACAACACUAACAAAAUACUCACACAUGGUUAAACGUCAAAAAUGCCCGACAAUAUUCAGGCUGCAAUGGAAGAUUUACCGGAAAAUAACAUCGAGGACAUAGAGGAUCUCAUAUCAGAAGAAGAUGUAAAACCACGCGAUCGUUAUAAAAAUAAGAAAAGUGUUUCCGUACGUCCUAAAAAGCGCGGUCACGUUGUUUCUAGUGACACCAAUGGGGAUACAGAGGAGCGGCAAUUGCCAGAAAGAAAAAUUUACGAGAGUGUUAUACCAGGCACUCAGACAGUGUACGUGAAAACCUGGGGAUGUGCGCACAAUAAUUCCGAUUCUGAGUACAUGGCUGGUCAACUGGCUGCGUUCGGUUACAAUCUGACGGAUCGAAAGGAAAAUGCGGAUCUUUGGUUACUUAAUAGUUGCACGGUAAAAAAUCCUUCAGAAGAUACAUUUCGGAAUGAAAUACAAUCUGGCAUGGCCAAGGGAAAACAUGUUGUCGUAGCCGGUUGUGUGCCACAAGGUGCUCCUAAAUCGGAUUAUUUACAUGGGCUGUCGGUCAUUGGAGUGCAGCAGAUUGAUCGAGUGGUUGAAGUAGUGGAAGAAACAUUGAAGGGUCAUAGUGUGCGAUUGUUACAGAACAAAAAGGAACAUGGCAAACGUGUUGCUGGGGCACGAUUGGCGCUACCAAAGGUGCGAAAGAAUCCUUUAAUAGAAAUUAUACCCAUAAACACUGGUUGCCUUAACCAAUGCACCUAUUGCAAAACUAAACAUGCGCGUGGAGAUCUCGUUAGUUAUCCUCCACAAGAAAUUGUUGAUCGUGCUAUUCAAGCUUUUGCUGAGGGUUGCUGUGAAAUCUGGUUAACAUCGGAGGACACUGGUGCAUAUGGCAGAGACAUUGGUGCAUCAUUACCGGAACUUUUAUGGCAGUUGGUUGAAGUUAUACCAGAACAUUGUAUGUUGCGUGUGGGAAUGACCAAUCCACCCUAUAUAUUAGAGCAUCUUGAGGAAAUUGCAAAGAUUCUCAAUCAUCCAAGGGUUUAUGCAUUUAUGCAUGUACCAGUACAAAGUGGUAGCGAUUCAGUUUUAGGCGAAAUGAAACGCGAAUAUUGUCGUAGCGAUUUUGAGCACGUAGUGGAUUUCCUACGUAGCCGUGUACCUGGUGUAACUAUUGCCACUGACAUAAUUUGUGGUUUCCCUACUGAAACUGAAGAAGACUUUGAGGAAACAAUGGAUAUGUGCGCCAAAUAUCAUUUUCCAAGUCUAUUUAUAAAUCAAUUCUUUCCACGUCCCGGUACACCUGCAGCCAAAAUGGAGCGGAUACCAGCAAAUCUGGUAAAGAAACGCACUAAACGGUUAACGGAUCUCUUUAACAGCUAUUCACCAUACGAUGGUCGCAAAGGUGAACAAUACACUGUAUUGGUUACAGAAAUAUCACAUGACAAGCAACACUACGUUGGGCAUAAUAAAAGCUAUGAACAAAUAUUGUUGCCUAUGCGGAACAAUCUACUUGGCACAGCGGUGCGAGUACGAAUAACCGAUACCAGUAAGUUCAGCAUGAUGGCAGAAAUAAUUGAUGAUGAAUCUGAAUGGACCCGAUGUGCCGUAAAACAAGAGAACAAUGGUCAUAUUCUUAAUGGCAAAGCUAGCACGCAUUUAGAGGGUGGAAAGGAGGACGUCAUACGCAAAUAUGCUGGUUUUGGAUUGAUCUUGUUGUUCGUGGCUUUGAUUGUACAAUUAUUAAAGAACAUUUUUGUAGCGAUUUAACAAUAAAGUUGUAUAAAGUCAAUAUGCAUGCACAUAUGACCAUAAAUUUAAA